UUUGAAAUAUCUGCCAGAGUGGUGGACGGGUUAUCAGAAUCACGGGCCUACACACACCAUGUUUGUCACACUUUGUUUACAUAAUGCGCUUUUCUAUGUAGCCAGUGGUGCCCACGGUUCACGCAACUCCAUGGGAAAAGCACACACGAAAACAACGUGGUGUCAUUCAUUCGGUACUUGACCGUGCCCGCACCGUAGAACACCCAUUAUGAUGAACCCUAGGAAGUUUCCAAUCUCCGCCGUAUUCGUGCAGCGACCGUGUUCAGCAGGUUUUGAGCCCAAGCAAGGCGCAAACAUUAAUGUGUGACGACAGCCUUUAUGGGGUAAAAGCUCCCGGAUGUGAAUUCAUCAUCAGCCAAUUAAGUCAACCAGUUGAUUAAGAUGGACCGUUAGAGCUACCCCUUGGAGUCUUUUAGUUUUUGCUGACGCUUUGGCAUCCUCCGCAUGGCGAUCCAAGGCAACCAAUUCCAUUCAUGCGUUCAUUCAGUCACCACCAUUGACUGUGAUUACUGUUACGUGUGUAACCGACAAAGGCACUCCUACCACGUGCCCCCCUCAUGGUGUGAUGAGGAUACCCACGAUUGAGUUCGUGUUCGACCGCAGUCUCAGGCAAUUACAACCUACUCGACAUUAAGGAAGACGAACUUCCCGCCCCAGGAAGUCGAUUCCUGUGGCUUUUUUCCUCCCUAAGAAAAAGGCCUCAACAAGAAGGUUGUUAAAUCUCUGUGACUGAGACUGUGGACAUUGAUGUGUUGAUGUAUUCUACAGAUUUUGAUCCAGCCAGUGUACUAUAUAGACAGUGCUGUUCGUAGUUUGACAAUAUCUGUCCACUGAAAUGAUGCAUCGUCAACUUGAAAGAAUGACAACUGCGUACUUAAUCUUGAUGCUUUCACUUCACGUUUACGGCGCCUUUCUGCCUGCUGAUGAAAGGGUUCUUGGUAAAACACGGAGUGAUUUUAUUGGCGUGCUUCGAAAGCAUGGUGAGCGGACGACAGCAGUCCGGCUCGGCAGCAUCUCGGCUCUGGAGACAGCGACCGGCGAGAUACCUAUGCACACUGCAGGAGAUUCCCCAGGGACAGUAACCGUCGAACCCGGCUUCAUCUUCCGCGAAGUGACAGACGGCAUAGAGACCGUGCAAGUUGUUUACGACGGGAACUAUGUGCCCAAGAACUGCUUCGUCUCUGCCGACCAGCCCCCCGUGCUGGAGUUACAGGAUAGGGUGCGGCAGUAUGCCCCGCAAAAUCUCGGCACCACGGCCAGAAAGGCGUCCACGGCGGGGAAAAGCGGAACAAAGAACCCCAACAUCGUCACCGCGCCGGAGUCAUUGUUGCCGUAUUUGCAGUACGCUCACAAUGCUUCCGAUUACACCUUGCUGGUCGUACCCAGCACUUCAGUCAACCUCAAACUCCCAUCUCGACUCCUGCGAUCAAUGGUAAGCCUGGACCUGAUCAAAUCCCACUGCGAGGGCCUUCUGCUGAACUCCUCCGUGGUGGGGAAUGGGAGGCCACGAAGAAGCCUGCUCACCUAUCCCAAGACGCUGUGGUGCGGCAAGGGCACCCAGGCGACCCACUUCGAUCAACUGGGUGAAGAGGAAAACACGGACAGGUGUUGCAGGGCCCAUGAUCACUGCCCCCAUCCCCAGAUUGCUCCGAUGGAAAAGAAACUGUUCCUCAGGAACAUUUCCCCCCACACCAUCAGCGACUGCAGAUGUGACAAAGCAUUUCACAAAUGCCUAAAGAGAGCCCGCUCUCCGGUGGCAAUGGGUGUGGGUGAUGUCUAUUUCAACCGGCUGAAGAUCAAGUGCUUCGUCACGCGUCAAAAGCGGCAGUGUCUGGAGAUGACCUGGUUUGGCUCAUGCCUCCGGCGAGAGAAGACCGACACAGCUGUCCUGCGGGCCGCUCGCCCCUUUCCGGACGGGAAAAACUUGACCAAAGCUGAGAAGGCGCUACGAAGGAAGAGGAGACGAGGAUCCUUCGAACUGAACUGAGCAUUUUAGCGAUGCUCAAUAGCAGGGUUUGGCUCGACUGGAAGGCCUGCAUAUUGUAAUACCGCGGCCACUGCUGUAGCCCAAUUGGCCAGACAGCAAAUAUUUUCGACAUUCACAAUGCAUCAUGGAAUUGAACGGCAAAGAAAGAAAUGCAUUUAAUUCACAAAGCUAUGGGAGAAGUGAAACCUGCAAAACAUUAAUCUAUUUCCCCUUUACUACAUAUUUAUUACAGUCAAAGUCAUCCUCUUUUCACAGUGUUGCAUAAAGAUUACAUUUACUCUUGUUAAGAUAGUAACAAGAAUCGAGUUUUAAAGCAGAGCAGAGACAAAAAUUGCGAAUCCCUUCCGCGUGCGCCAGUUUCUUUGUUGGACUGAGAUCGUAAAUGCCAAUGAGCUAUGAAAAUCAGGACUUGAAGCUGCUCAUUCGGCCCGCAUUGACCAAUCACGUUCAUAUUUAGCCUGUGGUCCUCGAGCUAGAUCAAGAGUUUUCUUCUUACAAACUUGAAAAAUUGUUCGUUUUGAAAAUGUUCAAGUACACUACCCAUCCAACUCUGACAUAAUGAGGGGGUACUUGAAAAUAAUUAUUCUGCAGAAAGUUGUCAGUUGACGUUCGACUGGUUAACUUCACCACAGGUUAGUGUUUGAAAUAAGAGCUGUCUCAUCAAUUUCCAUGAUGCAAUGGGAAUGUGGAAAAAAGGUGUGGCAUUGUUUUCAAUGACUGAAGUUGAGCUCAAUACUUGUGUAUUAUUGUUUGAAACUGUGUAGAUGCAGUCUACUUUAUGCUGACAAUAUAAUGCUUGAAAUCACAAUGCACGACGUAUCUGCUGCUUUAGAAAACUGUUCGUACUCAGUAACCAUUUUUAUACAACGUAUAAGUUAGGAGGGUUGAGUUUUUAUAACCAUUUCUGAAAUCUCCUAAAUUUAGAUUUUUACCCACUUAGAACAUGUUAUGACUUUUAGGCGUGCCUGACGUUUUGUAUUACUACGUGCAGUACUAAUCGUAACGCUAAGUAGUCGAUUGCUUUCGUAACAACUAGGACAGCUUCUAGUCUACUGAGUGCAAAUAACAUUAAAACUGAGUUCAAGUCCACUGUAAAUGAAGUUCAUUCACCGACAUACUCGGUAAAGCUUUUGGGUACCCUGUUUAUGUAAUAAAUACCAUAGUAUUAUUUAUUUCGGCAGCCUACUUGAAAGGUCAAGUGCGUCUUUUGCACACAGGACGAUUACCAUCGUCACCACAGACGGGCAACCGAGAAAAAUUUACCAGUGACCUUUUACUCUGACCAACUCACUUGCAGAGCUGGAGGGAUACAGAGAGAUAAGUGGAAGCGUGGCCAAUAUGCAUUUUAAAUGUACCAAAAAUGACACUUGUAAACUACAUUCAAAAUGUUGUUUUUCACUGUGUGAACUCUGUCUUGCUGAUUGUUGAUAAAGUUAUAUGUGCUUUUUGUGUGCAUCAUUUCACGUAGGCCAAUGAUCUGUUCUCUUUCCAAGUCACUGCAAAGAACGGUAAAAUCAUGCACCGAAAGGAUUUGAUAUUUGCACCUGAAAAUUGCCAAACUCUUUGUGCGUCCAUGCAAGGGCACAAUUUUCAUAGACUGCUUUUUUCCCUCAGGUGUCUCUUCAGGCACUUAAUUAUCAUAGUACUAUAUUCUUGCUUUAGGCCAAAUUCCACGGAUGAGUCGUGUGAUUUGCAGACUGUGACGCGUCCUGAUUGAGCUCUGCCGGUAAAGCGGCUAGGAAUUAUACGUGCGUUUAUGGCAGCCACUGGCUAGAGGCCGCAGGUUGCAGCCGGCUGUUGAGUGCGGAAGCGUUGCGUCACUUUGAACCGAAGAAGCAGUGCAAAUGAAUGGAGUUUACACGCUGGUUUGCGCGCUAAUGCCUUUUGCAAAAGAAAAAAAACCAAAACAACCCCCCCCCCCAAAAAAAGCACAACCAACAGCUGCCAACAUUUUCAUAUACUCACUGUUGAUUGGAUGCAUCUGUUCAAAAUAUUCCCCAAUCGUAGAUGUGGACAUUAAUAAUUUAAUAUCGUAUAACUGCAGAGUAUGAAAGCGGAGCACACAAUUCAAUCUGAUAAUUACCAGGGAUAAAUUUGAUGCACCGUGGGACCAAGUUCGAUGAAGACUACAGCGCCGUCAGUGAAGUGGCAAAAGUUACGCUUGUUUUAGCCCUGACCAUACUGAGGCGCUGUACAAUUUUCGCUUUGUAAAUAAAAAGUGUAAAACAUUUUUGGUGUCAGUCAAUAUUGCAAAUUUAGUUUGACUCUGUGAAUUUGUAACUUCAAUAAAAAAGUACGACAUGCAGUGAAAUAAAA